AUGGAGGAUAGCAAUAUUCUUGGUGAGGAUCUGCCGCUCCCACCGGCACGCCUUUUUGAACGGCUGGCGCAUUUGCCAGGAUACACCUGGGACCAGUCAAUCGAACCGUUUCAUUCAACCUAUAACCACUGGCAUGUCUACGGACUUCGACACUCGGUCGAAUCUGAUGUUUCGACCCCCGCCGCAACCUCGUCCGGACCGUCUAGUUUAGCGCGCAACUCCCCGCGGACCGAAUCUCGCCCACCUUUCCGUCACCAUUGGAGGAGUAGCCUGAGCGAAUCCAGCAGUGAGCUAUCGCUGUCUCGAGGAGAUCAUGAGCCCAUUUGGGUACCGGUAAUAGCCCGGGUCUCGUCCCACGUGGUGAGACUCGAGCGGGAGUUCCAUAUGCUACGAUCGAUCAUGCAGACCUCCGACCCCGACUGCAAUCAUACUAUUCGACCGAUUGAUCUGAUAAGACUAUCACGAGACCCCGGGGAUGCGGGCCCUCUUCUGGUGGCCAUCUUUGAGUCUCCAGGCCCGAACAUGCUCCGGGAGCUGGUGGCCUUUGGGCCUGCCUGGUUCGCAGCCGGCCGCAAGAUGGACAGUACCGAUUCGACCCCCGGAGAGCAGGUUUCUCUCUCGAUAUUUCUGGAUUUUGCAAUUGGUGCCUGCGACUGCCUAGAGCUAUUGCACUAUGGGCUCAAAACUGUCCACGGCGAAAUUCGCGGUGACGCAUUCCACUUCAACCGUGAAGUAGGCUCCGUGAAGCUGACAAACACGGGAAACGGGGCGAGAUCCUUCGAUAACAUCUUGAGUGAGGGAUGGUCGUCGCUUUCUCGAGAGCUCGGGGUCAAGAACAAACUGCAGUUCAUUGCACCGGAGCAGACCGGGAGAAUGCCCACGGAGCCGGAUAGUCGAACCGAUAUCUACGCACUUGGUGUUCUGUUCUGGACGAUGCUAGUUGGGAAGCCGGCUUUUACUGGGAGUGACCCGGUUGAAGUUGUGCAGAAUGUUUUGGGCAAGAAAUUACCCCCGGUUUCGACGAAGCGUAUGGAUGUACCGGAUGCAGUCUCCGCCGUGAUUCAGAAGAUGACCCAAAAGGCGGUUAAUGAGCGCUAUCAUACCAUCUCUUCCGUGAAGCGUGACUUGGCGCAGAUCUCCGAAUUACUUGGCGAUGGCGACAGCGAAGCCUUGAAGGACUUUCAAAUCGCCCAACGUGAUGUGUCAUCCUUCUUUACCCUUCCCUCUCGUAUGUUUGGACGCCGAGAAGAGUAUGAUAGAAUCAUCAGCGUGGUUGAGAAAGUUCACCGGCGCCAGCAGUCGGCGUAUGCAAAGGCCAUUGCGCAAACGUCCAGCGGAGUUGGCUCUAGUUCGUCAAUGUCGGAUAGUCGAGUUGAUAGCUUUGAGGUGGCUUCGGCCUCAAGCGACUCCGGCUCUUUCAACUUAAAACCCAACUCCAAUGGCGCUGCCUACAACCUCGGACGUGUGUCUACCCAUGAGUCUCUCCAUAGUACCGAGUCAUCACUCUCGACCCCAAGACCAGGGAUCACUUCAAACAAGGCAAAGAGUCCGGUGGAAUCACGUGCAUCCUGGGAGAAUACAGACCGAGACAGUUAUCCGUCGACCGGCACACACACCCAUACACAGACGGAUUCCCAUGGACCAGGCAAUAGGCACAAACCUGCGCAAAGGUCUCGGCGCGCGGGUAAAUGCGAGGUCAUCACUCUUAGUGGCGUUGCCGGGAUAGGGAAAACGGAUCUUCUGAACCGGGUUCAGUCGGCAAUCCGCAAGCUUGGAUAUAUCGGGAUUGCGCGGCUGGACCGUGCCAGGAGGGUACCGUUUGAGCCUUUCGCGAAAAUACUUGCCAGCCUCCUACGCCAAAUCUUCUCCGAACGUGAUGUCACCACGGACUACCACAAUAACGUCCGCAUGGCAUUGCUACCUAUGUGGCCUACCUUACAUCGUGUCUUGGAACUUCCUGAGCAAUUGAUGUCGUCAGGGGGGAAUGAUAAGCAAAUAUCACCUAAACUUUCUGCUGCGCAGCAUAUCUUCAAGGAAGUUUCCACCAAAGGAGAACCAUCUAAGCGUAUUGCACUUCCUAUUCUUGACGGAGGACAGAAUUCAGUGGACUUUUUCUUGUCCAACGCAGCAUUGAAGAACAUGCGACUCAUGGAAACUUUUCUUGAGAUCCUCAAAACGUUGUCCCAGUAUAGGUUGAUCUGUGUAUGUGUCGACGAUUUGCACUACGCCGACGACGAGACUCUCGAGCUGGUUUUGAACAUCAUGAAAGCAAAAGUACCUUGUGUGCUUAUGCUGGCAAGCCGCAAUGCCGACCUCGAGAACAAGGCCAUCAAAUCUCUCUUCGAGGCAGACACUCCUAGUGUGUCCAAGGUUGUAUUGAAGCCACUUGGAGAGGACGAGAUCAUGCAAAUAGUCGCUGCUACGAUGCACCAAGAUCCCAACCCGAUGCUCACGCCUCUUUCAGCGGUCAUCCAGGAAAAAAGCGUAGGAAAUCCAUUCUAUGUGCGAAUGAUGCUGGAGACUUGUUACAGCAAAAACUGCAUCUGGUAUUCAUGGAAAAACUCAAAAUGGGAAUUUGACCUGGAUCGGAUUUUCACGGAGUUUGUGGCUCCUCGGUAUGGCGAAGGCCUUGGGCUUGGGUUUAUCACGAGACGUCUCCAGGAAUCCCCGGAAGCAGCCCGAUCCAUACUGGUCUGGGGCGCUUUGCUGGGUAGUCCGUUUGCCUUUUCUCUCGUGCAAAAACUCCUCACUAGCGAGUUCUUGUAUUCUAGCGAGGACGACGAAGCUGUGGACCUCACCUGUCCGCAGAAUGUGAAUCUGAUCCGGCAAUCCGAGGCCAACAUCGUUGUUGGACUUCAAUAUCUGGUCCAAGCAAACCUUGUCAUUCCAGGGAAGACUGAUGACGAGUUCAGGUUUGCGAAUGAUAGGAUUGCACAAGCUGCUGCAUCGUUGACGGAAGGCCGCAACGUGGAAAAGAUGCAUUUCAUCAUCUCUCAAGCGCUCAUGAAAUACUACCAUGACGGCCGCAGCCGCUAUUCCAUGGCUCGACACGUUGGUCUCGCCUCUCGCAUAAUCAAGACUCGCGUGGUACAGAGACUUGACUACCGGAAGAUCCUUUGGGAUGCCGCCCAGACUGCCUCUCAAUCCGGUGCACGGCCAACUUCCCUUUGGUAUUUCCGCCACUGUAUCGCUCUUCUCCAGGAAAGCCCCUGGGAUGACAACAACACCGACGUAUACUAUGACGAGACUCUACGUCUGCACAUCGCGACUGCUGAAAUGUCAUGGUCUCAAGGUCACAAUCCCGAAGCCCUUGACUUACUAGAUAAGGUUUUGAAGCAUGGAAAAACUGCCGUCUGCAAGUCCCGUGCCUGGAUUGUGAAGGCCAAGAUCUAUGCUCAGAUGGGCCAACACCUUCGGUCAAUGGACUCCCUGCUCACAUGCCUGGAUGAGCUUGGUGUACAUCUUCGGGAGUUCACGACCUACGAGGAAUGCGACGCCGCUUACAGACACCUCAAGAACUACCUUGAAAAGGCAGACCUAGAGGCUAUCGUUCGCAAACCGAUCAGCAAGGAUAUAAAUAUGAUCACCAUCGGUGCGGUCAUGGCCGAGGCGAUGGCCGUAACCUAUUGGGAUGACGCCUUAACUUUCUAUAGAAUGGCUAUCGAGAUGAUGAAUCUCCACCUUUUCAAAGGUGGCUUUGUGCAAAUUUCGAUAGGCUGCUCUCACCUUGCCAUGGUCUCUUUCAGCCGUUUCAGAGACCUGAGCCUUGCUGUCAAGCUCAGUGACUAUGCGCUCAAUCUUCUUGAGCGUUGCCCCGAGCCGUGGACGCAAAGUCGAGGUUCAAUUGUUCACAACCUUUACGUCAGCCAUUUGCGAGUUCCAUUGUCAUCGACGCUUCCUGCGCUUGAGGCAUCUGUAGAAUCAUCUCUCUCAAUGGGAGAUCCCUACAUUACAUUGAUCAGCCUUUCAUCAAUGGCAAUGACGCGGCUUUUCCUGGGUCAUGACAUGACCCAACUAGAAAGUUUCUGCAACGAAAAUCCCGAGGACAUCCCAGAAUGGGUGCAUGAUACCCGUGGCGGUGCUAGUCUUGUCGCAGUCAGACAAGUCGCGCGCGCUUUGCAAGGAAAGACUUCCUACCGUGAUCCUGAGACCGUAAUGUCUGAUGACAAUCAUCGGACGAGCGAGUACAUUGCUUUCCUAGACAAAAACACUAGCAACGCCGAUCGUCCUCGCGAUAUCUAUUGGGGGUUGGCGAUGAUCCCCCUGUUUAUCUACGGGCACCACACAAAAGCUAUAGAGUUGGGAGUCCAAAUGAUGGAUACCAUGCCGAGGCUGUGGUCUGCUCGCGUGUCAUACGUUGUCUACUUUUAUUUGUCGCUCUCUCUCCUCACUUUGCACAACGAUUACCCUGCCCGUGGAUACCUUGAUGGGAACCUGAAGACGGUUUUGAAGUACAAGGCCGAGGUGGAUCUUGCGCGGUCUGCUUGCGAUGCAAAUUAUGGAAUGUGGUCGUUGAUACUAGAAGCUCUCGUCUUCGAAGUUCGCAAUGACCACACAUCCGCAAUUCAAGCGUUUGAGGCUGCUAUUGACCAUUGUCAAAUCCAUGGAUGGCCAUUAGAAGAGGCGCUUGCUCUGGAAUUGCACGGUGAAUUCUUAAUUCGGCGUGGCGCUAAACGAGCGGCACGUUCUGUGAUGCAAGAUGCGAUCGCUGCAUGGGCCGCCAUUAGCGCUGUUGGUAAAGCAGCUCAGUUGACUGAGAAACAUGAAUGGCUCCUCAAAACUGCGACAUCUUCACGGACUGCCGAUGUUGGAUGCCAAACCGUUGACUCACUCCUUGGGAUAAAUCGCAGCACAGGCCCAGAACACAUGGAUGUCGCUCAGAAUGUGGAGGAGGAUGACCGAAAACAACGCUGGAUAGAGCAGAAUGGGGUGACCACAGGCGAACGUUCCCUUGACAUUUCAAGUGUUGGAUUGGACAUUAUUGAUUUGUCAAGCAUCCUUGAAUCCAGUCAAGUGAUGUCGUCCGAACUACAGAUUGAUAAGCUUCUCACGAAAAUGAUUGAAAUGGUCCUUGAAUCCUGCAAUGGCUCGGAUUUUGCUGUGAUUGCAACGAAUUUCGAUGACAACUUCACCGUUGCGGCUGCGGGAGACCUAGAGAAGGGACAGAAAGCUUUCCUUGACGGUCUCUCCUUCUUCGAAAUCGAGGACAAAAUGGCACAGCAAAUCUCUCAUUAUGUCAUGCGGACCAGGGAAGAAGUGCUUGUCCACAAUGUCCUCGAGGACGAACGGUUUUCCAAUGUCAGCGAGGCCUAUCAGGCAAGGUAUCCGCUGGGUAAAUCCGUGAUCGCGUUGCCUAUCAUGCAGGCAGAGCAUCUACUCGGUGUCAUUCAUAUCGAGGGCAAGCCCAACUCGUUCACCCAGCGAAACCUUGUGGUACUUCACUUGCUGUGCAACCAGAUUGGCAUAUCGCUUUCCAACGCACUGCUCUUCCGCGAAGUCCGCAAAGUCAGUGCCACCAACGCAUCUAUGGUCGAGGCACAGAAGCGAGCUCUUGCGCAGGCCCGCGAGGCCGAGCAAAAGGCAAAGGUGGCGGAGGCGGAAGCUAAACACAAUGUCAAGCUGAAGGAAGAUGCAGCAAAGGCCAAGUCUAUCUUCCUCGCUAACAUCUCUCAUGAUCUCCGCACUCCGAUGAACGGCGUUAUUGGCUUGUCUGAGCUUCUCAAGGGCACCAUUCUGAACAAGGAGCAGGACGAAUAUGUUGAGUCUAUCCGUGUCUGUGCCGAUACUUUGCUCACCCUCAUCAACGAUAUCCUGGACUUCUCCAAGCUGGAGGCCGGAAAAAUGAAGAUUUCCACCGUGCCUCUUAACAUCAAGGAAACCAUAUCCGAGGUCGUUCGUGCGCUUCGGUAUACACACCGGGAUCGAGGGCUAGACACAAUCGAGGAUUUGGAGAAGGUGCCGCCAGAGCUUGUGGUACUGGGCGACCCAGUUCGCUUGCAUCAGAUUUUCAUGAAUCUCCUCAGCAACAGCUACAAAUUCACCCCCAAGGGCUCCGUAACUGUUCGGGCAAGAGUUACCAAAGAAGGCAAAGGCCGCGUCCGUCUCGAAUGCACAGUGUCUGAUACCGGAAUUGGAAUUCCCGAAGAGCAGAAGUCCCGACUUUUCAGGCCGUUCUCGCAGGCAGACAGUUCGACAGCGAGAUCUUACGGCGGAAGCGGACUCGGUCUCAGCAUUUGCAAAGCGAUCAUCGAAGAUGUCCUGGGCGGUGCCAUCUGGCUUGAUUCCACCCCAGGCGUCGGCACCAUGGUUACUUUCCACCUGUCCUUCAACAAGGCCAAAGACCUCGCAUCGAAAACCCCAUGGCCCAAGUCUCUGCAGCAAGGAGACGCAAAUGCGGUCCGUACACCCGUCAUUCGCGACCUGACCAUGGUUCCUCGCGAUCAGAUCCGAGUUUGCAUUGCCGAGGAUAACCCGAUCAAUCAAAAGAUUGCCGUCAAGUUCGUUACCAGUCUUAACCUGCAAUGUGAAGCCUACAGCGACGGGCGCCAGGCAGUUGAUGCCCUCCGUGCUCGCUCACAGGAAGGGAAUCCAUUCCAUGUCGUUCUGAUGGAUGUGCAAAUGCCCACCCUCGACGGUUACAACGCAACCCGCGAGCUUCGUCAAGACCCCGACCCCAACGUCAACGAAGUGCUCGUCAUAGCUAUGACUGCCAGUGCCAUCGAGGGUGAUCGAGAAAAAUGCAUCAGCGCCGGCAUGAACAACUAUCUUCCCAAGCCGGUUCGAUCCACGGUCCUGAAUGAGAUGCUCGACCAAUACCUGGCACCGGUGCCCCCGUACACGCGGACACGGCUUUCCAUACGAGAGAGAUCAAGUGUUAGCAAUGAGAGCGGCACCCCUGGUAGCUCUGCUUCUUCAGGAUCCGAGCCACUUAUCGCGUUGACCCCGAAUGAGGAAAAGAAAGACGACGCCGGCACCAAAUGA